GGCUACAAAGGACCCAGAUUCUGAAUUUGGUGCAGAUGGAAGUAGGUGAUUCCUUGGACUUCAUUUUUUACCAGCACUGACUUUUACCAUUCAAAGAUUAAAUAAUAAGUAGCUCAUGCACUGACAAUAGCUUAGUUAGUUAAGCUUUUUCACCUCCACCUAUGUAAGCAGAGGUUCGAAACUCCUCAAACACCCAAUGACUAUUUGUGUAAACCCCCUCCCUUAAUCGCUUGUAUUUAAAAUAAAAUAAUUAUUUAUAAAUAAUAAAAAAAUAAAAGCUCCUACACAGAAUCAGAAACCAGUAUGAAAUUACGUUCUUGUGUCCUUCAAGUGACUUAUAGCUCAAGUAGUUAAGUGUAAUUACCCCUACACUGUUGCAUUCGAGGUACUAGGUUCGAUUUAUCCCUCCUCCAACAUAGCGUGUAUAAAAAUAAAAUAUAAAAUAAAAAUAUUGUGUCCAAUUUGAACUAAGCAAUUAUCUCUUACCCAACGAUGUUUUUUACCCCAAUUUACCCAAUUUAAUUACAGCGAGCUUGUAGGAUACGCAAACAUAUUAACCUGGACACAACUCAUAAUUGGCCGGAUCAGAAUCAGAGAUUUGAGCCAACCCCUAGAAGUCAAAAAACUCCAAUCAAAUCUUAAUUAAUUACCACGAAUUAAUUGGGACGAUUCUUUGUCACUAAAAAAAAAUUAAAUAAAAAAAACUGAGCAGCACAUCAAAGCAAGAACUCCUAGGAAAUCAAUUAGGGCUUUAACCUUGUUGAUAGGGUCUCAAUAAAACUGAAAAUGUAACUUUCUUUUGGAGUUUGUUAUAGAUAAACUAACAAGCAGCCUCUCUAGUUAAAACCCUAAUCCCAGUACAAAACGAUUUCUAUAAUUCUUCUUCAUGAAAAAGCUCCAAGCGAAAAAUAAACACCUCCAAGAAGAUGAUGAAGAUCAAGAAGAUCAAGAAAGCAUGGAUCAUGAUGAUGAGGACAUACAUUCACAAGAGUCAGAACAAGAAGUAGAACUACAUGAUGAUCAGAAAGGUAAACAAGUAGUACAGAUUGAUGUUCAUCAUCAAAACGGAGAUCGGGUUUGUGAGCAAUGUGGUAAGAGAUUUCAAAAUGGAAAAGCUUUGGGAGGUCACAUAAAAGUUCACUUCAAUCAAUCUCUUCUUCCCAAGAAGAACAAAAACUUGUUUAAGCCCAAGAACAAACAUCUUUCUUUGAAGGAAGCACAUAGUCCUGUUGGUGAUGAUCACAGCAACAAAAUUUCAUGCUAUGUUUGCAACAAGAAUUUCCCAUCAAUCAAAUCUUUGCACGGUCACAUGAGACUCCACCGAGAAAGAGACUGGAAGGGUGUCAGGCCUCCGGGGCCUGCUCUGUCCCCGUGUGACGAAAGCAACUCUUCUUCUUCAUAUGAAAAUGUGUCUGAAGAUGAGGAUGAUGGUGAUAGUAGUUUAUCUGACCGCACCAUAGAGACAGAUAAUGAUGUAGCAAAUUUCUUAGUAAACUGGACCAAGAUCGAACAGAGACGCAGGAGUCUAAUUGCUAACCAAACCGAGCCUAAUCAUGCAGAGAAUAGUGGUCUAUCUAACCAAAGACAAAGAAUGCCUCAUUAUGCAGAGGACCAAGUUGGUGAAUUUGCAGGGAAGAAGCCAAUAGAAGAAUCACCAGUUGGAUACAAAGGCAGCCCUUCAUCUAAAAAAAUCAAAUGUGAUGGUAGAAGUAACAAGAAAAGUACCAUGGAGGCAAGUAAAAGUACUGGAGGUACAAAACCCAUGAAAGACAUUGGCUUGCUUGAUCAAACCCACAAGCAGAUUCCAACAAAGCGUCAAGAAUUUGGAUCCAGAAGAUCAGAUACAAUCAGUGAUGUGAACAUGGAUGAAGAUUCUGGGUUUAGUAGUAAAUAUGUGGAAAACCAAGUUGGUGAACUUUCAGUGAAGAAGCCAAUACAAAAAUCACCUGUUGGAUACAAAGGCAAACCUUCAUUCAAGAUCAAAUUGAAACUUGAUGGUAAAGGAAAGGCUUCUAUGCAAGAUGUUGAUGAGAAUGAUGAUCAAACUAGUUGGAAGACGAAGCCAAAAAAGAUGACGAUGAAGUCGACUUCGAAAACAGGUACAAAACCCAUAAAAGACACUGCUUUACUUUACCAAACCCGCAAGCAGAUGGCAAGAAAAACUCAAGAAUUUGGUACUAAAUUUGCUGAGAAGGGAAAAUACCAUGAAGAAGCUGAAGCAGUGGAACAUGGCAUCAAACAGUUUGAGUGCAAUAUUUGCCCCUGCAAGUUCUCAACGGGUCAGGCUCUUGGAGGCCACAAGAGAGGUCACAACUAUAAAGGAGUACCAGUGAAAGAAGCUCGAGGAACAGCUAAAGUAGCACCCAUGGAUUUAGAAGAUGGUGAGAUCAGAACAGAUCCUACAAAAUUCAACUUGGAUCUCAACCAACUUCCUCAUCAGACAGACGAUGAAGAUAUUGGUGGGUAGAGCUGUUUACUUGUUUAUUAGUUAGAUUUUAGGAAGUUCAAUUCAGCAGAGGUUUCAAUUACAAGUGAAUUUGACAUUGAUAGUUCUUUUUUUUUUCUCUCUCAUAGAAAAGAAAGAAUCGAGAAGUUUGUUUGCCAUUUUGUACUAGGUUGAAAUUUUUGUAGCUGAAUUACAAUGUGAAUCCGAAAUGUAACUGUUACAAGUACCAAUUUCUUACCAAGGAGCCCAUU